AUGACCAAAACGACGGCGGUCGCUAUACCGGUACCGCAACGGAGAUUCCUCUACAAAAACUACAAGGACGAGCAUAUGACUCUUCCAAGCAUGGCCCUCGGAAGCAACCGUCUCGAUCUCGUCGACGACCUUGUCUCGAAAUACCUUGCCUCUGGCCCCGCCACCGGCCUGUCUCGGCGCUCGGUACAAUUGCUCCUACCGCUCGUACACGAUGCGAUCCAUGUCGACAACAGCGCGUUUAUCGCCAAACUCAUGCAGCGCGGCUUCGAAGUGAAGCAUUUCUUCCGGGAAGCCGUCGAAAAACAUGCCUUACGCUGCCUCACGCUGUUCCUCGAGACUGGAUACGAUAUCAAUCAGCCCGAGUGCGACAUGAAACCGCCCGUCUGGACCAGGACGACCGUCGACAGUCCAAUCACCUUUUGGCUAAUCGCCCGCGGCGCCAACCUUAAUGCGCACGCGCCCUACCACAUUUUCACCCCAAUGUCGUUUGCCGCACAGUAUGCGCAGGCCGGCCUCGUCCACGCCUACCUGACCGACCCCCGCGGUCUCGUCGACAUUGGCACGGGCGACCUACUGCAGUACGCGCUCGACCGCAAAGCCGACGUUCUCCCCGUCCUCUCCAUGCUCCUCGACCACGGCGCGCCCAUCAACGAGGGCCUCUUUGCGCGCCACCUGGCCUCGCAAAACAUGUUCUUUUUCAUGCCGCGCGGGCCGCCGCUGCACAAAGCCGCCGAAAAGGGACAGCUCGACGCCGUGCGCCUGCUGCUCGACCGCCACGCCGACGUGACCAUCCGCGACACCAAGGGCAAGACGGCGCUGUUUUACGCCGAGAAGGAAGGGCACCGCGAGGUGGCGGAGGUGCUGCGGCAGGCCAUGGAGGCGGCCAAGGUGCAGCAUUUGUAG